CGUAACACCUUUCCCUCCUCCCUCUUGUUUUCAGCAGAUAAUCAGCACAAUGGAGACCCAGGUGUCCAACGGCCCCACAAGCAACAGUUCCCUCCCCAAUGGGCCACUGAUCAGUGCCAAUGGGGCCACCGAUGAUUCCAAAACUAACCUCAUAGUCAACUACUUGCCCCAGAACAUGACACAAGAGGAAUUCAAGAGCCUCUUUGGAAGCAUUGGAGAGAUUGAAUCAUGCAAACUGGUUCGAGAUAAAAUUACAGGGCAGAGUUUAGGCUACGGCUUUGUCAACUAUGUUGAUUCCAAUGAUGCUGACAAAGCAAUCAACACCUUGAAUGGACUCAAACUGCAGACAAAAACAAUCAAGGUAUCCUACGCACGGCCGAGCUCUGCUUCUAUCCGUGAUGCCAAUCUCUAUGUCAGUGGCCUGCCCAAAACCAUGAGCCAGAAAGAGAUGGAGCAGCUUUUCUCACAGUAUGGACGAAUCAUCACCUCCCGUAUCCUUGUGGAUCAGGUCACAGGUGUGUCUAGAGGCGUGGGAUUCAUCCGCUUUGACAAGAGGAUAGAAGCUGAGGAAGCCAUCAAGGGGCUGAAUGGGCAGAAACCACUGGGUGCUAGUGAGCCCAUCACAGUCAAGUUUGCCAAUAACCCCAGCCAGAAGACAGGGCAAGCAUUACUCACACACCUGUAUCAGACUACAGCCCGGCGGUACACAGGGCCUUUGCACCACCAGACUCAGCGAUUCAGGCUCGACAAUUUGCUAAACAUGGCAUACGGCGUCAAGAGUCCUCUCUCCUUGAUCUCCAGGUUCUCUCCUAUCACGAUCGACAGCAUGACCAGUCUGGCGGGCGUCAAUUUGACCGGGGCCUCCAGUGCAGGCUGGUGCAUCUUUGUGUACAACCUCUCUCCAGAGGCAGAUGAGAGCGUCCUCUGGCAACUCUUUGGGCCCUUUGGAGCCGUCACCAAUGUCAAAGUAAUCCGCGACUUCACCACCAACAAGUGCAAAGGCUUUGGCUUUGUCACCAUGACCAACUAUGAUGAAGCCGCCAUGGCUAUCGCCAGCCUCAAUGGCUACCGACUGGGUGACCGAAUCCUCCAGGUUUCCUUCAAGACCAGUAAGCAACACAAGGCAUGAGUGAGCGAAUGCACCAGAGAGAUGGGGGGAGGGGGGAGCAACAGUGUGCUGGAAACAGCUCUCUUCCCCAACUCGCCAUAAGAACGGAAAUGUUCAUUGACUCAAUGUUGCAGAAUAUUCAACCGCCAGACACCGUGAUCUUUGGGAAGCAGGAGGCUCCUCCCCCUCCUUCUCCCCAUGCCCGACAGCCCAGCGGGAAGCACGGAUGCAGCAACUUGUCAGCCACUUCUUGAAAAUUAAACCCUGCUCUGACAGCAUGCAGGAGUGACAUCUGCUCAGAAUAGGACACCUCUCUUGUUUCUAUGCUUGGUGACCCCUCCCUCUUUCAAGGCUUUCUUAACAUACAUGCCCAGGUCUGAAGCUUUCUCCAAUUGUCCAUAUACCGGUAUCUUUCCCUCUAUGAAUUCCACACCUGUUUGGUUCCUUUGGUGGAGAGUUUUUCUGACCCUGGAGGAUGAAAAAAAAACCACCCUGGUAAGGUGUGAUGCCCCCUUCAUGUUAAAACAUUGUGAACCAACAAAUCUGAGAAGGUCAUGACUGUUACUCUGAGCUAGCUGAGGGGGAGGAAUUAAAAAGAUUCAGCUUACCACCUUUGUUCUCUUACGAUGCAAGAAAGAAAGAAAGAAAGAAAGAAAGAAAGAAAGAAAGAAAGAAAGAAAGAAAGAAAGAAAGAAAGAAAGAAAGAAAGAAAGAAAAAGAACAAAAGUGGUUGGAGAAGAUUGCACUCAUCUCAUCUGUUGGUCUAACAUGUUAGUGAUACAGGUUCGUAAUCCCACUAUUUUCCUUGGCCCCUAAUUAGAAUGAUGCCAUAUUUGGGAAAAUAAAUCUAACUCUUUAGGUCUGGAAAGAGGGUACUUCCUAUUUGAUUCCAGAGAAAACUCAUUCCCUGGGAAAAGAGGAACCAUUUUACACUCGUAUGUUGUAAAAUUUGCUGAUCAGGUUUUGAAUAUUUGCUUAUUUAUUUAACUACUUUACAUUGAAAUGAAAGUUUGGGUCAGAAUGAUGUAAGAAAGGGCAGCCAAGAAUUUGGCACAAAGUCCAAGAUUUCUAGAGUCUUUAUGGCUUCUAAUCAGGUUGUAAGGACUAGAUAAGUUUCUUACGGGUCAGAAAUAGGGACUUGCUAUUUGAGAGAUUAAGUGGCAGUAAAUUAAACAUUUUAUUUUUCUUCUUCCCCAAGAUGAAAUAUUUUUCUUUUCUUGUAAACUGAUAUUUCAUGAAGAAUUUAUAGAAUCAAGCACAGGGGAAGGAAAUCAGCCCCAGAGUUGUGAUCAUUAACAACUGAAUAGAUCGAAAAGUGUUUUGGGCAAAGGGAAAAUGGUUAGUAUGGCUGAGUUGAUGUGUGGGGUCUUCCUUUCUCUUUUAAAACAAACAAAUGACCAAACAAAGGGAAAAUAAUACAUUUUAAAAGGUAAAACUGAAACAAAGAAGAAAACCCAACAAAAAAUUUUAAAAAGAUUUUAAAAAUCUAUUUUUAUAAAAAAGGAAAAGAGACCUUGCUGGAAAUUUUUACUGGGAUUCUUGAACUUCAUACACAGUCACAAAAACAAAUUCCAAAGGGGGGAAAUGAACAAGCCACUAAGUGCGAUUGCUGUGCAGGGUCCAAUCAUUCCUUCCAGUGGGCCUUUCCAGACAAUUAACAAAGAUACCACACACCUAUAGAAAUUGCUAGCAAAUCUUAGGCAUCAUCUGAUGUGUGACACACACUUCCCAUGCACUGAAUUAGGAUAGGAGUGUUAUUAUUGCUGUAAACUGUGUUGUUGCCCAGGUGGGGACAAGAUAGCGAAGAACUCUGGCUUUUCUGGUUCAGGUUUUAAAGGAUCCAUUCCAAAACCAGCAUCUUCCUCUUGGUCCAUUUCACCCAAUGAAAAGUAGGGCAGCUCAGAGACAGGGCUGAGUUGUCCUUUAUACGUAGGACAUCUGAGACCAACAUGGAGUGGGUCAGUGUCCCAUGAUUCGUAGCGGAGCACACAACACAGGAGACACUUUAAAAAGUUACAAAACCCUACCAAUUAAAAAGGAAAUAAUUAGCAGCAGAGGGAUGGACACCAGAGGAAAAUUAGGUUCUUCAAACCAGAUGUCAUGGGCACAAGCUCAGAAAAAGUAGUUGUCUAUCUACUCACAAGCUUCCUCAACAGUAAUGAGAAGUUGUUGAGAAAAGGCAUUUUCCCCAAAUAGGAGCAUUGCAAAAAAAAA